UACGUAGUGCACUCAUCAUCCACAUCAUCCACUGAUUGGGAUGGAGUCGGUAAGCGUGCGCGCGUGUGUAAUAAUAUGCGGUGUGUAAAUGUGUGCGUCGCGCCCGCGCGCGCGCUGGUUUCGCAGAGGUGAUUUAAAGCUGAGUUGAGCGCCGAGGAGGAAAAACAUCUCGACACCCGUCUCCCUGAAGGUCCAGUAUCUGCAAAAAAACUAAACCCAGGCAGUGAUUAAUGGAGGUCAGUCUGCUGGAGCUGCUCAAUGUGGAGGUGAACUGCAGCCUCGCGGACGCGUUUGGAGACGCUGCGUUCGGAAACGCGUCAGACUUUCUAUACUGCAACGCCACGGCGGAUGAGAUCGGCACGUGCUGGCCGAGGAGCGGCGCGGGGAGAGUGGUGGCGCGGCCGUGUCCCGACUUCAUCAACGGGGUCAAGUACAACAGCACCAGGAACGUGUACAGAGAAUGCCUGGAGAACGGCACAUGGGCUUUCAAGAUCAACUACUCCAGCUGUGAGCCCAUUUUAGAGGAAAAGAGAAAGUAUCCAGUGCACUACAAGAUCGCGCUCAUCAUCAACUACCUGGGUCACUGUAUAUCUGUGGGAGCUCUCGUCAUCGCCUUCAUCCUCUUCCUGUGCUUGAGGAGCAUCCGGUGUUUGCGGAACGUAAUUCACUGGAAUUUAAUAACCACCUUCAUCCUGAGGAACAUCAUGUGGCUUCUGCUACAACUCAUCGACCACAACAUCCACGAAAGGAACGAGCCGUGGUGUCGCCUCAUAACCACAGUCUAUAACUAUUUUGUGGUGACGAAUUUUUUCUGGAUGUUCGUAGAAGGCUGUUAUCUUCACACGGCCAUCGUCAUGACCUACUCCACCGACAAACUCCGAAAGUGGGUGUUCCUCUUCAUCGGCUGGUGUAUCCCGUGUCCGAUCAUCAUCGCGUGGGCCGUCGGGAAGCUGUACAACGAAAACGAACAGUGCUGGUUUGGGAAAGAACCAGGAAAGUACAUGGACUACAUUUAUCAGGGUCCUGUAAUUGUUGUUCUGCUGAUAAACUUUGUGUUCCUGUUCAACAUCGUGCGCAUCCUGAUGACGAAGCUGCGAGCCUCCACCACGUCAGAGACCAUACAGUACAGGAAAGCGGUGAAGGCCACGCUGGUGCUGCUUCCUCUGCUCGGCAUCACCUACAUGCUGUUCUUUGUGAAUCCGGGGGAUGAUGACAUCUCACAGAUCGUCUUUAUUUAUUUCAAUUCUUUCCUGCAAUCCUUUCAGGGUUUCUUCGUCUCUGUGUUUUACUGCUUCCUCAACGGUGAGGUACGCUCUGCAGUAAGGAAACGUUGGCACCGAUGGCAGGAUAACCACGCUCUCCGUGUUCGGGUUGCCAGGGCGAUGUCCAUCCCUACAUCACCUACUCGCAUCAGUUUCCACAGCAUUAAACACACCACUGCUGUGUGACACGCACACACACAAACACACACAGACACAGACACGCGCGCACACACACACACAGACACACACACUCACACAAACGCUCACACACAGACACACACAUACACACACAC